CCCUUCUCAUUCCGCUGCUGCCAUGGCCACCAAGCAGAAGGCCCAGCAGGACAGGAGUGCUGGGGCAAGGGGUAGAAAUGUUGAGGUUGCCCUCCCUGUUGGGACUGCUGAUGUUGCUGGCAACCUCUGCUGCGCCACCAGUGCCUCCUGUGGGCAGCCCCCUGUCCGAUGGUGAGUACCAGCUCUUCUUCUCCAGCCUGUGGCCAAUCUGGAAGGCCCACGCAUCCUGCCACCUACGACAGACCUUUGGCUGCCUCAGCCCUGCAGUCCUGCGGCUCGACGAGCAGGAGAACCAUGGCCGUGUCCCUGAAGGACCUGUCUGCUCUGCCUUCCCUGAGGCACCAUGGUUUCAGACCUUCUGCCAGUUUGCCCAGUAUCGCUGCUCCAAGCGCAAAUUCUAUGUCAAGCGAAUCCCAUGUCCGAGUUUUUUUCCAAAAGGCCUUCUUCAUCCAGGGCAGCAACCUUAUGAUGUGGACUUCUGGAUAAAAGAUGAAAGCUCUCCUACAGGAGCAGAGAAGCCGUCUCUUUCUCCUGCUGACCUCCACCUGCACUCCAGUGUGGACAUGCUCCUGAAAUACUCCUACGCACUGUCAAGUCAGAAACCACUGUUGCGGAAGAUCCCACCAGCCAUGCCAGUGGUGCCCAGAACCCUGCAGGACAGGGGCCCACCUGUACCACCAUCUGCUGUGCCGGUCCCACUCACCCCUGCCCCCUCACGAUCCCAUGCCUGGGCAGAGAACUCUUGGGAGCACCGCCUACAGCAUGGCGUCUGGCAGCUCAUCAGUGCGGCCCUCUCCCUGGAGGCCAUGGCGGGCACGGAGGUCCCUGCCACCACUUCAGAACUGGGGAGCAUGACCAGCGGAACAAAGGAGAAGAUGCAGGACGUGGCCCCCCCUGGCAGUCUUCUUGCCCUGACGAGGAAGGAAGCAGUGAUGAUCCUGUGCUAUGCAGUGCUGGAGGGAGUCUGUGUCUCCUCAGUUGUCACCCAGGCAUGGAAGGAGUUGGAAGAAAAAGUCCUUGGGUUUGGAGAUUCGGUGUGUGACAGCCUUGGACGGCGGCACAUGAACCUAUGUCCUGCCUGCGCUUUCUGCUCACUGAAAGUGGAGCAGUGCCAGAACAUCUACCACCUGAGGCGUGUUCACUGCAAGACAGGCAGCUUCAUCACAUACAUCAACCCCCAGAUCUCAACCCAGCACCGGGCUGCAGGCAACAAGACCAGCUUCCCAGAGCCCUCGAAGUAUUUUGGCACACAGGUUUACAGAGGUCUGCGACCAGAGUACUGGUGCAGCCUCAUAGCCACCCAGGGCUGUGAUGACCCUCGUGUGAUGCUCUGGCUGCAAGCAGAGUACGCAACCUUCCGAGCGGGGGAUGUCCCAAGCAAGAUCUGCGACUCGAGUGGAGUUCAGCACCCCACUUACUGCGCCUUCAAAAGCCACCAGUGCUUGCAACACAGCCUCUACAACCAGAGGGUGAUUCGCCAUGGCUGCUUCACAAACCAGACCUACCACGUUCUGAGUGAGGAAGAGGGGAAGGAGGAAGUAAGGCGCUGGCACCAGAGGUUCCUCAGCCUCACUGAAGGAUGAGGCUCCAUGCUGGCCAGUCAGCUGUCCAUGGCCAAAUCUCAUGACUUGAGCACCUACUCCACAUCCAUGACAGCAGCACAUCAGGAGGGAAGCUGCAUCCAACAUUUCACCCUGCUGCCCACUGAAACUCCUCUUGAAAAGGUUUUCUCCAGAUGAAGGAGCCUGGGAAAGGCAUUGGCCCCAGUUUAUGGAUUUAGAGCCACCUGCAUGAAGUCCCCAGCAACCCUUAGCCUUCCCGACCCUGCAGGCUUACACCAAUCAGUAGCAUUACCAAGGCUGAAUUGUAUUUUAUAAAGAGCCCAUAAACCUAA